AUGCCUGCACGCUUCAUAGCAAGAGCCCCCUCACCGUUCAUACUAGCGGCUAGCAGGGCGCAGUCGUGGGCGGACGUGCUGCGGGCGUACUCGAAGUGCUGCGACUACCUACACGGAGUGUAUCAGCCCACGUGUGCAGAGCUGGAACACGGUCUGUCGUGCAUGCCAAACUCACAGAGCGCGUCCUUGUUCUAUGGUCUCAUCAAGGCAUCGAUAUCCCCUGCUACACCAGACAAGAGUCUCGUCCGGGCAGUGCUGAAACGCUACAAGGAGUGUGGCAGCAUUGCAUCACUCCGGCGCGUGAUCCAGGAAGAUGUGAACAGCGCAACCUUGGAAGGCGCAAGAGGGAAGCUCGCGUUGGCGUCCACUGCCGGCCUCUGGGAAGCUGCCCUCGAGACCUUGCUGAGUCAUCCGCCGCUGAUUGACAGCACAGUGCAGCGCCGUGUUGUGCUCUCGACACUGUGUAACAGUGACCAGUGGCGCUUGGCUCUCGGUGUGCUGUAUAUGGAACCCAAGGUGGAUCUGCACCCCAUUAUGGUUCGGCCGCUCGUACGAUGCUUCGGCCGCCUGCACGACCACCGCUCCGCACUCCGACUAACAGCGGCAGCCCUGGCGGCUGGACACUCGGUGAGCCCGCUUCUUCUCUCCGCGCUUUUGCCGACACUCCAGGAGACGGGAAAGUGGCAUCUGGCGCUGCAUGCAGCGCACGAGCUGCAGCUACUCUCCGCCACACGGGCCGAGGCGCGCACCAACGUAUCCAUCUACAAUCAGCUGGUGAGCUGUCUCUACGAAGCCGACGUCUACGCGGCCUUCUCCCUGGAUGAUGUGGUCCAACAAAUGGUGGAUCGCAUGCGUCCCCGAGAUUUGGAGGAGAGGCACAGGAACAGCAGAGCAAAGCAGUUCCGGCUACACUCACCGGUAGAUGUUUUUCAGCAGUUUCAGAGCGUUCUUAUGGCGCUGACGACCGUGUACAGCAAGGCCAUUGGUGUGCCUCGCUGGUAUUCUCGUUCCAUCGGCAGCCUUGUUGACAGCGCCUUGCAGGCGAACACGGCUCUUCUUGUGCUUGACACGAACAUUUUGCUGCACUUAGUGAAGAAGCAGCUACCGCUCGAGCACUUCUACGCGUACAUGAAGCAGCAGUAUCCGAAUCUGCGACAGUACCACUUUUCCACGGUGAUCGUUCCCUUUACUACCGUAUCCGAAGCUCACGCGCACAUCUGGGGCCCGAAAGAGCACUUCCCCGUCGAUGUGCGAAAGUUGUUGUGGUCGCGGACUGUGAGCCUGCUCCAGCAACCCAAUGUGUACGUCUUGUCCAUUGCUGCGGAGUACCCGUGCUCCUCCCUUAACAUCAUCCCGCGGCUCGCAUAUCGGACAAUGCCUGGCAACGUUGCCGGCACCUUUCAGCGCGAUCCUGACCUUCGAAUUUUGAGCGUGUGUGCGACGCUGCAGCACUACUUACGAACGGCGACGAUCACCGCGAACAUGGGAGGGUCAACGGUGCCAGAGGGCGUGGUCCUCUUCUCACUACUCAAGUAUCAUGUGCGGCGCUACUGCAACACAGUGAAAGGAUGCUGUGUGGACCGCUUGCUUCUCUGCACCUUGGACAAGCGGAUGUCGCGCGGUGCUACCCAGAUGGGCGUGCAAGUGUUCCCUUGUUUGUCCCCCUAA